UUCGGUUUUAAACUACUAAAAACAGAGGGAAGCUAAAAAAUAAAUAAUGUUUUACGCACAUAUUGUGUUGGCUAAAAAAGGGCCACUAGCCAGAAUUUGGUUGGCUGCACAUUGGGAUAAAAAGUUGACUAAAGCCCAUGUAUUCGAGACAAAUAUUGAACAAAGUAUUGAGGGCAUAAUGCAGCCGAAAGUUAAGCUUGCUUUAAGAACGUCAGGGCACUUACUUCUAGGCGUUGUCCGCAUAUAUUCUCGAAAAGCAAAGUACUUGCUAGCGGAUUGCAAUGAAGCAUUCGUCAAAAUCAAGAUGGCUUUUCGCCCAGGCGUAGUUGACUUGCCAGAAGAACAUCGAGAGGCAGCUGUUAAUGCUAUUACAUUACCAGAAGUUUUUCAUGACUUUGAUACGGCUCUUCCAGAAUUAAAUGAUGUUGAUAUUGAAGCCCAGUUUUCAAUAAACCAAUCAAGAGCCGAUGAAAUAACAAUGAGGGAGGAUUACGGGACUCUUCAAAUGAAUAUGCAUGAUGAUGGAUUCGGCGACAUCGGCUUUGAACCAAGUGCUCCAGACAUAGUAAGAGACAAUUUAGAGGACAGUAUGACGGAUGAUUUUUUCUCCGGUGCUUUGGAAAACGACAUGAGAAACUCCAAAGAAGUCACAGAAGGUUCAUCAAAAUUGCUCGACGGCAUGCAAGAAAAUUUGACCAAUGACUUUGGGGAUACAUUUGAACAACCAGCAGCUGGAUUGUUUGAAGGUGAUAUUUUUGGCGAAGGUCCAUUACAAACGCAUUCAGUAGUAUCGGUGGCGAACAAACCCGAUGAUUCAGAGGAAGAUGAUGAUGAUGAUGAUGGUCACUUUGAUGGUGGCGCGCCUUCUCCAAUACCGAGCUCAGAAAACUCCAGAGCUUGUACACCUGGCCCAACAACUGUACUUAACAGUCCCAUACUUAAUGAAAAAAAAAUAUGCGACGAUACAGGAACCGAAAAUAUAAAUAAAGACGAUGGUUUGAUAUCAAAAAUUGGUGAUGGUAUAACAGAUACUAUUAACCCUGUCGUAAAUGAAGAAGAGAGUUUUGCUCUUGCUCCUAUUGAUUCUAUCGUCAUUAAAGGUAUAAGUAACAAGUCCAAGAGAAAAAGAAAAUUAAUAGUUGACGAAAUCAAAAACAUUUCUGGAGAUGAAAUGAAAAAUCAACUAGCAAACACAACCGAUAUAGUGACCACAUUAGAUUUGGCGCCACCGACCAAACGCCUUAUGUAUUGGAAGGAAACAGGAGGAGUUGAAAAGUUGUUUGCUCUCCCUUCUAGGGAUUACUGUGCAAAUCCUUUGUUUCAAAAUUAUCAGCGGCAGCUCAUAACAAAAUUAAUAGGCAUAGAAGAGUUUUCCAAACUGGGACCGUCAGAAAUUAUUAUUACCGAGAGAAGUAACUUGGAUGAGGCACAAUCUCCAACAAUAAAAAAGAAGCGCAAAAACAAGCAUAAUGAUCUAAUUGAUAAAAAUAUUGAGCCUGAAGUAUUAAGAGAAAAUGAUUUCAGCAUGUUGACAAAUAUAACACUUGAAGAAAGAAAUAACACAAACAAAAAUAUGCAAAGCAACUUUGAGGAUAAUCUCUUGAAUACAUCGACAGAUAAUCAACUUGUGUCUGACAGCCCUGAUCACGUACUUGAAGGAAACUUCACUCCAACUGGGCUAGACCAUGGCGAAAUAUCCCCAAAUCAUUGCAUAGAAAAUAUAGACAGUAUACCCAAUUUGCAUGUCGAUCAGGUAUCAUCAAUAUUGAAUGCUUCUAAUGUCGAACAAUUUUCAAAUAUGGGUUUCGAGAAUGAAAUGUCCUCAGAAAAAAUAUCGCAUGACUGGGAUGGAGAUUAUGACUAUCAAUCGUCUGAACAUGUAAUGGACGAACAGGGUGUGGAUGAAACGAUGGAACAAUUUGAAGAAAGAGUGUUGAAUAAGAGAGCGGCGCAUCUUUUCAUAUCAGUGCGAAGUACUCUACAAAAGAGGGGAAGCAUAUUAUUAACCGAUUUAACAGUUAAUAAUAACCGAAAACAAGCAGCCCAGAAAUUUUACUCUAUACUGGUUUUGAAAAAAUUUCAAGUAUUAAACUUACAACAACCAGAACCGUAUAAUCCUGUAAUUAUUAGCAAAGGUCCAUGUUUUGACAAUCCCAAGUUAUAAGUGAACACUAAGAAGCUAUUACAUUAAAAUCUUAUAAGAAAUAUACAUAUAAAUAUUUAUUGAUGUGAAAUAAAAACAUAUUAUUCUAUUAUGGUAAAAUUUGUACAUACACAACCUAUUUUAUCACUACAUGCAUUUAUUUUUUAAAAAUUAUAUUUCCUGUCAAAUUAAUGAAUAAGAGUAAAAAUAGGUAUAACGUAUUAUUUUUUAUUUUUUAUUUGGAAAUAAAA